GGUUUGAUGCGGUGGUGGAGUCCUCGGUGACCAGCUUAGUGUAGCCAGUCCUACCAGCUACUUUAGCGCACAACUUUUAAUAUCCGCCGUGCGUCGAGUCCGCCGACUUCUCCAGUGCGCAAACUAGACAUUUUCCCUGAGUUCCAGUCUCAUCCUGCCUCUGAAACCAGGCCAAGCUAGACCUGUCGCGCAAUAUCCCCACCACCUUUUGUGGAUUUUUUUUCUCUCUCUCUCCCGCAGCCAAACAGUCUGGUGCUUGGAGGAAUUUAAAAAAAAAAAAUAGAGGAAGACGCACUUUGCCGGAUUGUUUGGCGAGCAUGACGAGAAGAUGUGGAAGAAGGUGUGAAGCCAGUGAUGAGGAGGAUUAUUCCUAACAGACGUGCAGUGAGGUGCCCUGGUUGCGGAUUCAGGCUGCUCGGUCAUCCAGCUGAGGGUGAGAUUUUUUGGGAGAAGUCUUGUGGAGCACAAGGAGCUGAUUAAAGCCCAACAUACAAGUUGUUACGCAUACAGCUGCUGUGCGCACUGGCAGAGGACUGAGGUGUUUGGAGGAGCUCCGGCGCUCUGCUUUGUUUAUAACUUAUUUUCUCCUCCAGACUUCCACCACAACACAAAGUUGGACAAGUUUCCAGUGUGCAGGAAUAACGCUGCAUCCAUAAAAAAAACAACGCGCUUUAAAUCCACAAUCAGCUGAUAACCGCAUGUAGCCAGCGUGUAUUUUUUUUUCUGCUGCAGUGUUUUGAACACAGUGUGAGGGCUUCUUUUUUUUUUUUCUCCUGAGCUCAAGUCCACUUUAAAUGCGGACUGGUUUGCGGUCAGUGAGUGCACAGCCGAGCUGCCAGUCGAGUGGCUGUCGGUGCCACUUGGUUUUUAACCCAAGUCCAGUCAUUCCCAACCAUCUGACACCAACACCAUGGAGCUGAUAUACAGGAGCAUCGUCCUGUUGGGCUGCAUCUUCCUGGACUGGACUCUUCUUGGUGCUGCAGAGGAAGAGGUCCUGAUGAACACUAAGACGGAGACUUCGGAUCUCAAAUGGACCAUCUUCUCGCGUGCCAAACCCGAGUGGGAGGAAGAAAGCGGCUUAGACGAGGAGAACAACAGCGUGAGGAUCUAUCUGAUCUGCCAGAUGAACAGUUCAUCCAGCAACUGGCUACGUAGCGGCUUCAUCCCGCGACGGGGAGCGUCUUACGUUUACGUGGAGCUGCGAUUCACCAUGAUGGAGUGUUCGUCCAGGAGCACGCACCACCGCAGCUGUAAGGAGACCUUCAACCUUUACUACUACCAGGCAGACUCCAACGAGGCCACGGCUACGUACCCGCCCUGGAUGGAGAACCCCUACGUCAAGGUGGACACAGUGGCUGCAGACUUUCUACUAACAAAGGAAAGGGAGAGGAAAUUCAAUGUGAAGACCUUAAGAAUUGGCCCUCUAUCCAAGAGAGGCUUCUACUUGGCUUUUCAAGCUCAGGGCGCCUGCAUGGCCCUGCUGUCUGUCAGAGUGUUCUUCAAAAAGUGUCCACCCCUUGUCAGCGCUUUGUCCUCUUUCCCCGAGACCGUUCCCCGUACUCUAGUGCAGGAGGCCCAGGGCGUAUGCGUGGACCACGCCGCCCAGCAGGGGCCCAGACCACGGCCGCCAAAGCUCUUCUGCGGGGAAGACGGCCAGUGGGUGGGCCAGCCGACGACCUCCUGCGCCUGCCUGCCUGGGUACGAGCCGGCCGAGGGACACACGAGAUGCAUAGCCUGCCCUGUGGGUCAGUUCAAGUCGGGCACGGAGGGACAGUGCACCGGCUGUCCAGGAUUCAGCCAUGCCACCAUCAGAGGGGCGUCGCUCUGUGCGUGUCGCUCCGGAUACCUGCGAGCCGAGUCGGACUCUCCGGACUCCGCCUGCACUCGAACUCCCUCGGCCCCGCGCAGCAUCGUCCCCCAGAUCAACGAUACCACGCUGAGUCUGGAGUGGAACGAGCCUCUGGACAACGGCGGCAGAACGGACCUGAGCUACUCGAUCAGGUGCUCCCUGUGCAGGUCACCCAAGGGACUGUGCAUCCCCUGCGGAGACAGCGUCAGCUACCGGCCCGCGCAGGACGGCCUGCUGGGUCGCAGGGUGGAGGUGUGGGGCCUCCUGCCGCACACCACGUACACCUUCACCAUCCAGGCGCUCAACGGGGUGUCGGAGCUCAGCGGCAAGGAAGCUGCCAGCGAAAGUGUCAACAUCACCUCAAGCCACAACGUGCCAUCGCUGGUGUCUGUGAUUCGGAGGAGCGACUCCACAGAGAGCAGUCUGACUCUGCACUGGUCAGUCCCCGCUCAGCCACACUACACCAUUCUGCAGUAUCAGCUGCGCUACUGUGAAAAGGAGCGCCGCAGCGAGGAUCAGUGCCGCUACACAGAGAGCAACAGAAACCAGGCUGUGCUGACAGACCUCCGCAGGGCCACACAGUACGAAGUGCAGGUUCGGGCCCGCACCUCAGCUGGUUAUGGCAGCUUCAGUCCCGCAGCCAUCUUCGGCACCCUCCCUGAUGGACAUGACUCUGCCUCCCAGUUCUUGGUACCUGGCAUCCUUAUCGCUGUCGGGAUGCUGCUGCUUGUCACUUUCGUCUUUGUGGCCGCCUACUGCAUACGCCGGCACAGCCGAAUAAAGGAUCCAGAGCUGAGUGACAAAAAUAGCCAGUACCUUGUCGGCCAAGGGGUCAAGGUUUAUAUCGACCCUUUCACCUAUGAGGACCCUAACGAGGCAGUGCGAGAGUUUGCCAAGGAAAUCGAUGUUUCCUUUGUAAAGAUUGAGGAGGUUAUCGGUGCUGGCGAGUUCGGGGAGGUGUGCCGAGGACGGCUGAAGAUCCCAGGGAAAAAAGAAAACUACGUCGCAAUUAAGACUCUGAAGGGAGGCUACACCGACAAGCAGAGACGGGACUUCUUAUCUGAGGCGUCGAUCAUGGGACAGUUCCAGCAUCCCAACAUCAUCCACCUGGAGGGAAUCAUCACGGCCAGCUGUCCCGUCAUGAUCCUCACAGAGUUUAUGGAGAACGGAGCUCUGGAUUCUUUCCUCCGGCUGAAUGACAGCCAGUUUACACCCAUCCAGCUGGUGGGUAUGCUGCGCGGCAUUGCCUCUGGCAUGAAGUACCUGGCAGAAAUGAGCUACGUCCACCGAGACCUGGCUGCCCGCAACAUCCUGAUCAACAGCAACCUGGUGUGCAAGGUGUCUGACUUCGGCUUGUCACGCUUCCUGCAGGAGAACUCCUCUGACCCGACCUACACCAGCUCUCUGGGAGGUAAAAUCCCAAUCCGCUGGACAGCACCGGAAGCGAUAGCCUUCAGAAAGUUUACCUCUGCCUCAGAUGUGUGGAGCUAUGGCAUUGUCAUGUGGGAGGUCAUGUCUUUUGGAGAGAGACCCUACUGGGACAUGAGCAACCAGGAUGUAAUCAAUGCCAUAGAGCAGGACUACCGGCUGCCCCCGCCGCCCGACUGCCCCACGCAUCUGCACCAGCUGAUGUUGGACUGCUGGCAGAAGGAUCGCUCGGCACGUCCUCGCUUUGCGGACCUCGUUAGCGCUCUGGACAAACUGAUCCGCAACCCUGCAUCGCUGAAAAUAGUGGCUCAAGAAGGAGCAGGGCCGUCCUACCCCCUGCUGGAUCAGCGCGCACCUUUAUCCCUUUCGCCGUGCGCUACAGUCGGGGAAUGGCUGAGGGCCAUCAAGAUGGAACGCUACGAAGACAGCUUCCUGCAGGCCGGUUUCAACUCAGUCGACCAGCUGGCCCAAAUUACCACACAGGAUCUGCUGCACAUGGGAGUGACUUUGGCCGGGCAUCAGAGGAAAAUCCUUUCCAGUAUCCAGACAAUGACCUUUCGGAACAAGAGCACCGCAACUGUGACCUUCUAGCAGACCUGCCUUCUACCCUGGACGUGAACACCAGCACACAGGUGCCGCCGUGUACUAAGAGCACUCUGGAUCCUCUCCUGUGACCCACUUCGAACACAGACUCCAAGAGACGUCGGAGAGUUUAUUCAUGACCAACAACAAAAAAAUAAAUUAAAAAAGGCAAAAAAGAGAAUUAAAUCCACAGAUAAGGACGACUGAUGAGCGAGUCGUCCAGUGACCGUCAGGACUGAAGUCGUGCAGACUGACUUGGACUCAUUUUUACAGUUUGCGGUCAGUGUUUUUACACCUGCCUAAGGUUAGGACUCGAUACAUGUGCCAAACCAAGAGGAGCGACAGACCAGAGUUUACACAGUUUCUGUAGUAUCACGUCAUUUCGAAAACAGGACAGUUUACUAGUGUGUUGUCCAAAAUGUCACUUUUACCUUUCACCAAAGGAGACUAAAAGAAAAAAAAAAAAAGAAAGAAAAAAAAAGCCAAUUCAAGAUGUUUAGUUUUCGUAUUGUGUGUAAUUAUGAAUGAGAACUGCUUUCACCUUGGGUGUCUUGCAUUAAUCCAUCUGGAUUACAUUAACGUCACAGACACCUUUCACAUCAAGACCGAACAUUUCAACGGUGGGAUUCGACUUCUUUUUAUUUCCCAUUUGACUUCAACAUUACCUCCUCUUUACUCAGGUGUGGUGUGUAAUGCAGACUUUGGAGAGCGCUGUACUUGCCCUAAUCAGACUCCUCUCAUCUUCCACUGUCUGGCUUUUCCCUCGCCAGCUCAGCAACCUGCGAGGAGAACAAAGACACAGAGACAUAUCAGCACUUUUGUUGUUUCAGAGUGAAUUGUAAUCUUCAGUUAGCUCCAUGUGUUUCUCUUGGAGUGUAGAAACUGGCUAUUUCUACUGCUGGUGUUUCUGCUGGCAGCUCAGUUUUAUUAUAGUCAGACUGAACGAGGACCAAGUGGACUCAGAGACCAGAGAACACUGUAGAAUUGGUUUUUCUUUGUAGAAAUGUACCAAGGAAGCUAUCUGGCCUCAAAACUUGUUUUUCUUGAUAUAACUGAUACAUUUAUAAUUCUCUUAUUCUGUAUUCUCCAUCUUCCAGUGCCAUUCAUUCGUCUUUGUGGACUUAAAUGCCAAUUUUAUAAAGCAGAAAUCUCUCAUGAGUGGAUUCAAUUUUGUCUCAUUUAAAUGUACCUUAAAGGGUUACUCUGACAUUUGGAAGUUAAGUGUAUUUUGCUUGCUGUGUAGUCAGCAGAAUGUUCUCUGCCUUUGCCCCAAAGCAACACAAGAAUGGUUUCUUAACAUUUAGCGUGAAAAAAACAAUUCACAACUAGCAGCUAACAGGCUAGCUUGUAUACAAGACUGUCCAAUUGGUUUCAGUGGGGAAUGCUAACACUGUUGAGCUUCUGUUUUAUUAUCAGACAAGCAGCCUCACAUUUUAAGCUGGGUGUGUCAUUUUCCUUCAUCUGAUGCUGGUAAAAUACUUUCCCAACAAACAACACAAAAGUAUUCCUUAUUUGUCAUUUAACGUGGAAAAUAUUGCACAGCUGUCAGAUAACAGGUAUGUAUGUUAGGCUUGUAGCCAUGCGUAUCCACUGGUUUCAAUGUUGAAUAAGGUUCAACAUUGAUAGAACACACAUAUAUGUCCGCCAAAACAACACAAAAAUAAUCUUUAUUUAUCAUUUAACAUGAAAAACAUUACACGGCUGUCAGAUAACAGGCUAGCAUGUACCCUGGAGUAUCCAUGGGUUUGAAGAUUGAAUACUAAUAACUUCUUUAAUUAGUAAAGUAGUAUUUUCAGUUUAGAUUGUUUUUUUUUUCAUCAGAUGUUGGUUGUGUGCUUUCUUUACAACCUUUACCUUUAAACGCAGCUCUCAGCUAAUAGCUAGCAGGCUAGCUUGUAGCAAAUUGGUUUCAGUGUGAAAUGCUAAAAAGACUGUUGAGCUACUGUUUAUUUAUCACACAAGCACCCCUCAAAUUUGAAGUUAAAUGUAUGAUUUUCUUCAUCUAAUGCGAGUUGUGUGUGUUUUUUAGCGAUGUUGAUUAGCACAACAAACAGAGCUCAGCUAAUAGUUAGCAAGCUAGCUUGUAGUCAGCAUAGCAAUACUGCAGUAGCUCCAAAACUACACAAAAAUGGUUUCUUAAAAUUUAACAUGGGAAACAAUACACAGCUAUAAGCUACAAAAUGGUAAACUACUACUACUACGGUCAACACAAUGUUUCUGCUUUUGUCUCAAAGCUACACAAAAAUAGUUUCUUCAUGUUUGGUUUGGAAACCACUGCGUAGCUAACAGGCUAGCUUGCAGUCCAUUGUAUCCACUGGUUUCCUCUGAGGAAUGCUAACAACACUGUUUGAUGAACCUCCCACAGCUCACGCCGUUAUUAAAGUGCUCGUUCAAGAAGAAUAGCUGACCAGAGUUCAAAAUGUCAAAGUUUGCUCAAAGAUUUUGCAUUUGUUAAAGGAUUACAUGAGCCCUUUUGACAUUUAGGUCAUGUUUAAUUUUCCCGGGGUAGCUCACAAACCUGAGGAGCAUAACACCACUUUCUAAAUGCUUUUAAAUUUGUGCCAUUGGACACUUUAGCCAAAAAGUUUCUUCUAAAUGCCUUGUGUUUUUAGUGUUUUUGAUUUUUUCUGAGAAGCUUACUGCUCUGCAUUACAAAAAAGAAAGUGUUUUUCCUGAUAAGAAGCAGCACCAGUGGAACCAGCUUUAGCACCUUGGUGGUGUUAACAUGGCAUAGCUGUUAUAUGUGAUAAUUCUGUUUGGUUUCAAGAGGUUUAAAGUGCAAUUUCUCUUUCCUGCAUUCAAAAUUGAGUCAAACAUGCUGAUUAAAAUUGAUUCACAUUUGGUUAUUGCAAACCAAAAGUGUAGUGCUGGUUAGGUCCUCACGUUGAUUCCUAAUGAUUUUCGGGCAGUAGUAGAUAAAAAAAAAAGAUACUCGCGUGGUUAGAAAUGAUCCAUUCCCUCCCUUACUGUAAAUAUAUAUUAAAAAAUAACAGGCCUUAGUCAGAAGCACUGGUACUGUCAUGCAAGAGACUGACACAUUCCUUGAAAUAUGAUGGGAAAUGUAGGCUUCAUAUUGAAGAUCUCAAUAAAAAAAAAAUCGACUUUUAAAUAGAAAAUACAUCAAAUACUUUUUGUUUACUAUCGUGUGUGUAGGCUGGUCGGGAUUCAUAAUAAAGAUGCACACCAGUGUUUACCAUCAAA